GGCCGCGGUUCCGUGACGCGGAGGGGUGGGACCGCAGCAGCACCGGGAUGAGCGCGGCCGAGGGCCGGCCCCGGUGCCGCUGGGGCGGUGAGGCGGUGCUCCGUGCCCGUGCUGAGGCCGCCGGUUACCGGAGGCUGCUGCGAGCCCGAGCCGCCGAGGUGGAGGCGUUACGGGGGGCGGUGGGCGCGUUACACCGGCAGCUGGAGGGGCUGCGGGACCGGCGGAGCGGGGAGCUGGCCAAGUACCAGGAGCGGGUGGCGGAGCUGGAACGGGAGAUCGGAGCGGCGGAGGCGGAGAUGGCCCGGUGCCUGCGGGAGUACCCGGCGCUGCUGCGGCUGCGGAUGGCGCUGGAGGCGGAGAUCGCCGCGUACCGGUACGCGAGGGGGGCGAGGGGGGCACGGAGGUGGGCGAGGGGCUCAGCCCGGCCCUUCUUUCCCAGGGAGAUGCUGGAGAGCGAGGAGCUCCGCCUGGGCGCCUUGGUCCCGCCGUGACCGGAGCUCUGGAGCCCCGGUCCCACCACCGGAGCCCGGCCCUGCCGUUACCACCGGACCCACGGUCCCGGGAGCGGACCCUCAGCAUCACCACCGGACCCCGGUUGCUCCGCCGGACCCCAGACCCCCACGAUUCCCUGGGACCCUCUGGAGCUCUCUGGACUCACGGAGCCCCGGUCCUUCUGCCCCCCGGUUCCACGGGUGCCCCGGGAGCCCGGGAGGGCAGCGCCCGGGGGGACACACGCUCACCAGCCUCUCCGGGGUGGGGGUCCCGGCCCAGACCCGCGUGGAAGCACCUCAAUAAAGCCCCGUGGCAUCA